UUUCUUUGAUUGGCUUUUAAGAGAAAGUUGAGUUAGAAAUUUCCUCCCGAAAGAGAAAUGUACUGCUGAAUAAUUUUGUUUUUGUAAGAAGCAUGUAAUAAUAUUUCUUAUUUCCCUUUCUCAAUAGAUUUUGUUUUGCACUUUACAGCCCUGCAAUGAAGUAUCUUUCUUAGACAAAGCAUAAAAGGUCCCCAGCAGAGAACUGGUGGCUAUCCUGGAAUAGUUUAGGGAGAGCGUGUAAUUAUGAUAUGGUUUGACGUAAUCUUUAUUUUCCUUCUCUAAUUCAGCUGUAAAACCUGAUGGCUUGGCUAAGAUCAGAACAAGGUAACCAUGAGCAAGACUUGGUGGGUAAAACUGGUUUAAUGUGCAAUCAUGCAAUGUUUACGGUUUCACAGAGCCCAUCAUUGAAAGGCAAUCUUAGAUAGUUGGGAAGUUGAAGGAACAACAUGUAACUCUAUUUUCUCCCAUUUCUGAGAUCAUUUUGAAACGUGUGGUUCACUAUUUUAUUAAGAAUACAAUGUAGUUUUACCCCUUUAAUUUGAAAUGAAUAGUUUCAAUUUGCAUCAAAACAUACAAUGAAGAAAGACAUUUUUAACAAGAUGAAUCUUCCCAGAAUACACUGAAACAAGUUACUCUGAAUAAUCCUAUAAUAUCUGAUGCGGCGCAUUGACCCAAAAUAUUGAUAAAUCAUUUCCAACCCCACCCACCUACACACUGGUGCUGCCUGACCCAUUGAGCUUCACCCGUUGAGUUUCUCAAGCAGUUUGUUUCUAAUUUUCACCCCAAAUUCCAGCAUCUGCAGUCUCUUGGAUCUCAUAAAUCUGACCAGGUGAUAAGUGUAGCUGUGAACAGGUUACGGGGUGAAAGCACUGCAUUUACACAAGUUGCAGCAACUCCCAAUCAACAAUGACUGUUUGUUUUUCAGAACCUGCACCAACCUGCAGAAAGGAGAUCAAGGAGAAGUCCAGAAAUCACUUCUUUAUUCUUGUACGACGACCUACAGGAUGAAAACUGAAAACGUAUUGAGCGAUAGGUACAUGAUUGAAAAGCUGGCGAGCUGCGGAUGAUAUCGGAAUUCACCAAAUGAGUCGAAUUGCAGAUCUUCUCACCUCUGUUGAAUGUGAAGCAUUACACACAAAGCUGACCCACCCUGAACAGAAUAUCAUGGAGGAGAUUGAUAACAUGUUGGAGGAAAAUGACAAUCUAUUCAAGACUAGAAAACGCAGAGAACUCGAUGAAUUCAGAAACUGCGUGGACAUUUUAAUCGAGUGGCUGCGGGAUGAUGGAGACAGCAUGUACUGGGAUCGCCUGUCACGGGCACUCAGGCAGGUCGGUCGAGAAGAUAUUGAUAACGAAAUGCGAAAAAAUAUGAACCAAGACAAGACUUUGGAGGUGUAUAAGAAUAUUGAAGAAUAUGGUAAAACACUGGAGAAUGCACACUCCUCACUGAUUGUAACUGAUGAUGAAAUUAAAACGAAGGACAGUAACAGAGACAAACGGAGUGAACUUCUGGAGAUUAAUUGGGAUGAACUGGAACUCAUUGUUGAAAUGGAAAAACUCCCACCUUAUCCCAGAAAGCCCACAGAAGGAUUCAAGAUGGUGCUCUGGGGUGUAUUGUUUGGUUUUGUUGGCUCAACGUUCUUGGGAGCAAUCAGUCUGUAUUUCAUUGUUAGAAUAACGAGGAAAGAUUGUUUGGAGAUAAUGCGUCGCUCGAAAGUGCUUCAACGCAGCAAGCACCGAAGGCGUCCGCUGAAGCAAAUGGUGUACUCUUCCGAUGAUGAGAGUGUGCAAGUGAAAACAAGAUCGAAACACCUCAAACGUUACUGCCUGCCUGUUCAUGCAGUAAAUCAGAACCAAGAAAUGGCAAAAUCAAAGAGGAGUGGAAACUGAAAAAGCUUGUCCAGCUUUGUUUCAGUCAUGAUAAAGGAAAUGUAAAGAGAAUUAAAGACUUUUACUGAG